GUAUUUGUGAAUAAUUUCAAUGAGGGAGACUUCUUGGCGCCAAUGGUCUUCUGUGUUAUUCGUGGAUUCUGGAUGGUGCCAGUAGGAGAAAUCGUGGCCAAUGGUCGACAGCGUGGAUCACGACUAUGGCGCCCAGGUCGACAGCGUGGAGCACGGCUGUGGCACCCAGGUGGUUGUGGUUCUGAUUGUUGUUGUGGUUGUUGUUGUUGUUGUUGUUGUUGUUGUUGUUGUUGUUGUUGUUGUUGUUGUUGUGCACGUCGACAGCGUGGAGCACGGCUAUGGCGCCCAGGUCGCUAGUGUGAAGCACGGCUACGGCGCCCAGUUAAGUACCGCAUAGGCAGGGAUGUGUUCUUGUUGUUGUGCUGGUCGCCAGUUUGCAGCAUGACUAUGGCGCCCAGUUAAGUACCGCUGACGCAGGUCGCCAAUGUGGAGCACGGCCAUGGCGCCCAGUUAAGUACCGCUGACGCAGGUCGAUAGUGUGGAGCACGGCUAUGGCGCCCAGUUAAGUACGGCUGAUGCAGGUCGACAGCAUGGAGCACGACUAUGGCGCCCAGGUGGUUGUGGUUCUGGUUGUUGUUGUGGUUAUUGCUGUUGUUGUUGUUGUUGUUGUUGUUGUUGUUGUUGUUGUGCAGGUCGACAGUCUGGAGCACGGCAAUGGCGCCCAGGUCGACAGCGUGGAGCACGACUAUGGCGCCCAGGUGGUUGUGGUUCUGGUUGCUGUUGUGGUUGUUGUUGUUGUUGUUGUUGUUGUUGUUGUUGUGCAGGUUGACAGCGUGGAGCACGACAAUGGCGCCCAUGUCGACAGCGUGGAGCUUGGCUAUGGCGCCCAGGUCAACAGCGUGGCGCACGGCGAUGGCGCCCACGUCGACAGCGUGGAGCACGGCUAUGGCGCCCUGGUGGUUGUGGUUCUGGUUGUUGUUGUGGUUGUUGUUGUUGUUGUUGUUGUUGUUGUUGUUGUUGGGCAGGUCGACAGCGUGGAGCACGGCAAUGGCGCUCAGGUCGACAGCGUGGAGAACAGCUAUGACGCCCAGGUCGACAGCGUGGAGCACGGCAAUGGCGCCCAAUUAAGUACCGCUGACGCAGGUCGACCGUGUGGAGGACGGCUAUGGCGCCCAGGUCGAGAACCUGGAGCACAGCUGUGGCACCCAGGUGGUUGUGGUUCUCGUAGUUGUUUGGUUGUUGCUGUUGUUGUUGUUGUUGUUGUUGUUGUUGUGCAGGUCGACAGCGUGGAGCACCGCGAUGGCGCCCAGGUCGACAGCGUGGACCACGGCAAUAGCGCCCAGGUCGACUGCAUGGAGCACGGCUAUGGCGUCCAGAUGGUUGUGGUUCUGGUUGUUGUUGUCCUCGUUGUUGUUGUUGUUGUUGUUGUUGUUGUUGUUGUUGUUGUCUUUGUUGUUGUUGUUGUGCAGGUCGACAGCGUGGAGCAUGGCUAUGGCGCCCAGGUCGACAGCGUGGAGCACGGUUAUGGCGCCCAGGUGGUUGUGGUUUUGGUUGUUGUUGUGGUUGUUGUUGUGGUGGUUGUUGUUGUUGUUGUUGUUGUUGUUGUUGUUGUUGUUGUGCAGGCCGACAGCGUGGAGCACGACACUGGCACCCAGGUCGACUACACGGAGCACGACUAUGGUGUCCAGGCGGUUGUGGUUCUGGUUGUUGUUGUGGUUGAUGCUGUUAUUGUUGUUUUUGUUGUUGUUGUUGUUGUUGUGCAGGUCGACAGAGUGGAGCAUGGCUAUGGAGCCCAGGUCGACAGCGUGGAGCACGGCUAUGGCGCCCAAGUGGUUGUGGUUCUGGUUGUUGUUGUGGUUGUUGAUGUUCUUGUUCUUGUUGUUGUUGUUGUUGUUCUUGUUGUUGUUGUGCAGGUCAACAGCGUGGAGCACGGUAAUGGCGCCCAGGUUGUCAGCGUGGAGCACGGCUAUGGCGUCCAGGUGGUUGUGGUUCUGGUUGUUGUUGUGGUUGUUGCUCUUGCUAUUGUUGCUGUUGUUGUUGUUGUUGUUGUUGUUGUUGUUGUUGUGCAGGUCGACAGCGUGGAGCAUGGCUAUGGCGCCCAGGUCGCCAGUGUGGAGCACGGCUAUGGCGCCCAGUUAAGUACCGCUUACGCAGGCCAGAACAAGAACCGACCUUUCAAUACAAAGUAUAAGAUAGCACAGCGGAAGACUUAGAUACGAAUGAUCCGAACAAUCAAUAUUGCAAUGCAGC